ACCGCGAGAACCAGUCUAUGCUUAUUACUGGUGAAUCUGGUGCCGGUAAGACUGAAAACACCAAGAAGGUCAUUGCCUACUUCGCCAAUGUCGGUGCCUCCACCAAGCCUAGCGAAAAGAAAGGAAAGGGCAACUUGGAAGAUCAAGUCGUGCAGACUAACCCUGUGCUUGAGGCUUUCGGUAACGCCAAGACCGUGCGUAACGACAACUCCUCCCGAUUCGGUAAAUUCAUCCGUAUUCACUUCGGCCCCAUGGGCAAGCUGGCCGGUGCCGAUAUUGAGACCUAUCUGCUGGAGAAGGCCCGUGUCAUCUCGCAGCAGCCUCUGGAGCGAUCUUACCACAUCUUCUACCAGAUCAUGUCUGGUGGUGUUCCCGGCCUGACAGACAAACUGCUGCUCGGCAAUGACAUCACAAAGUUCUACUUUGUGUCUCAGGGUAAAACUACAAUUCCCGGUGUUGAUGACAAGGAGGAGUUUACUAUCACCGAUGAAGCCUUCGACGUGCUGGGCUUCAGCGCCGAUGAGAAGUUCGACAUCUACCGAAUCACCGCCGCUGUCAUGCACAUCGGCUCGAUGAAGUUCAAGCAACGCCCGCGCGAGGAGCAGUGCGAGCCCGACGGCAUGGAGGAGGGCGAGAAGACCUCUCACCUGCUCGGCCUGAACGCCGCCGACCUCUACAAGAACCUGAGCAAGCCCCGCAUUAAGGUCGGCAAUGAGUUCGUGACCCAGGGCCGUAACGCCGCCCAGGUCUCCUACUCGAUCGGCGCCCUGGCGAAGGCGAUGUUCGAUCGGCUCUUCAAGUGGAUGGUGAAGAAGCUGAACGAGACGCUGGACACCCAGCAGAAGCGCCAGCACUUCAUCGGUGUGCUCGACAUUGCCGGCUUUGAGAUCUUCGACUACAACGGCUUCGAGCAGCUGUGCAUCAACUUCACCAAUGAGAAGCUGCAGCAGUUCUUCAACCACCACAUGUUCGUCCUCGAGCAGGAGGAGUACAAGCGUGAGGGCAUUGACUGGGACUUUAUCGACUUCGGCAUGGACUUGCUCGCCUGCAUUGAGCUCAUUGAGAAGCCCAUGGGCAUCUUGUCCAUCCUCGAGGAAGAGUCUAUGUUCCCCAAGGCCACCGACAAGACCUUCGAGGACAAGCUGAAGACGAACCACCUGGGCAAGCACCCCAACUUCCAGGCCCCGAAGCCUGGCGCGAAGGGUGCCUCCAGCGCCCACUUCGCCAUUGUGCACUACGCCGGCACGGUCGCCUACUCGGUCACCAACUGGCUGGAGAAGAACAAGGAUCCGCUGAACGACUGCGUCGUCGACCAGUUCAAGCACGGCUCGAACAAGGUCCUGCAGAUCAUCUUCGAGGACCAUCCUGGUCUGGGCGGCGGCGAUGACGGCGGCGGCAAGGGCGGCAAGGGCGGUGGCCGCAAGAAGGGCUCUGGCUUCCAGACUGUCUCUGGCCUGUACCGAGAACAAUUGAACAAGCUGAUGACCACCCUGCGCCAGACGCAGCCCCACUUUGUUCGAUGCAUCAUCCCCAAUGAAACCAAAUCCCCAGGUAUCCUUUCCUCUUCUACCUUUUUCCAGCUUCUCUCACUACCA